GCGUGUGUGUGUGUGUGUAAGGAGACCUUUACCCCGAUGUGGGUGAGAAACAAAUGACCGAUUUGAUUGAGUCUCACAUACACAAACACACUAUUUCUCUGUCUCUCUCUCUCUCCCUUUCUCUUUCUCUCUCUCUCUUUCUGACACACACACAUAUACACAUACAUGCGACAGAGAUAGCACGCGAGAUAGAAAGAGUAAGAGAAUCAGCGAUAUUUAACUCCAAUUUCUCUAUUACUUCGUCAACAAUAACAACGACAACGACGACGAUAACAACAAGAACAGCUAUUUUCCUUCAUAGUAAAGUACCUCAACAGUAGCGAAACAUUGAACCAACCUCGGCAGGCGAUACAACCAACAAAUUCAAGCGAUCGUUCGCUUCUGAAACCGGUCGCAAAGAACAAACGACUAAAACAAUAUGGAGGCUGAAGCAAUUCCGCUACGAAAUCCAACCAGCGAAGUCGAGUGUCAAAAUGUAGGAAACAUUUCGAAAACUAUGAAUUGUCAAGAGAAGACGAAACCACCACUGUCCAUUGGUCAGAAAGUAGAAUUGGUUUUCGUAGUAUUUUCUGGUUUUGUCAUCAAUUUUAUGGUGUUUGGUUUUGCUGCCAGCCUAUCGGUGUAUUUCGUAAAAUAUAAACGGGCCUUUCCGAUGCAUUAUGAAAUGGUUUUAUUAACAAUAUUUUUGCAAACUGGUAUUUUCUCUACUGUAGGUAUGCUGGCAGGAAUGUUCCUCCACAAAUUCGGAGUACGAGCCACAGCAGUCUUGGGAAGCGUUCUGCUCAGCUUAGGAGUCGGUGCCUCUUGUUUUGCACCCAACAUCAUAUUUCUUAUGUGUUUCUUUGGAAUUGUAAGCGGUGUUGGGUCUUCGUUUCUAUUUUGCUCGAUGAAUGUGGGUGUUGCUUCGUAUCUGGAAAAUUCUGGUCGACAUCUUAUGCCUUUAGUAGAUAUGGGAGGAUCAGCUGGUGGCGUAGUUUGCCCGCCUUUGAUUUCUUAUUUAAUCGAUUUUUACGGUUGGCGGGGAAGCUUAUUGAUAUUUGCCGCCAUUGCCUUAAAUUCUUUACCUUGCGGUUUAAUGUAUUCCAUUAAGAAUAGAAUGGACAACAACGAUAAAAAUUCAAAACAACGUCAAGAUUCAUAUGGAGAAAAGGACAUCGACAAUAUUUACAAACUGUUAUCCACCGACAUCGAAGAAGCGGGGAAAGCGGAUAGUUGUUACGUUGAACAUAACAGCGAGCAACUUCUGCUUCAAUCCAACAACAGUCACUGUGCAGAAGAAACGGGAGAUUUAGCAAGAAACGAUACGUCAUCAGAUCACUGCUUGGCUACUACACCAGCCAUAGACGACAGCUCAUCACUGAACCGUGAACACUCGAAAACUAAUGACCAAGUAGAAGAUACUAAAAAUACAACCUGUGAAAUUAGCCCAAAAGCUCUAUUUCUCUCGAUUUUUUCCAAUAAAGGUUUUCUUUUAUUUGUUCUAACUAUGACAGUAGUAGUCAGUUCAGAACUCACAUUAUCAGCAAUGACGUCCGAUUUCUUCGUCAGCAAAGGUACGACUCGCUCAGAAGCUGCACAAAUUUAUGGAAUCGGUUUUACUGGUGAAAUUAUAGCCCACAUUUCUAGUACAUGGAUGCUUUAUAAAAACAAAACGCUAAGUUUACUUAUUUUUUGCAUAUCUGCUAUAUUAAGUGGAGCUUUGGUUACGAUAUAUCCUUCCAUUCCUACGAUGACAUCACUGUCGUCUGCUGGAUCGGCAAUAUUUUUAACAAUGUGUGAAAUGACUGCUCACGGACAUUACCAGGCUGUAUGCAUCCUUGUUAUUUUGGAAUUUUUCGAUGAGAAGCGAUAUCCAUUUGCCAUAGGUUUCACUAUGACAGUUUCGGGAAUUUUCGUUCCCAUUUUCGGAUACAUAUUUGGUAUUAUCACUCAAUACAACAACAACGACUACACCGUCAGCUUUUAUCUUCUGGGCUCCUUAAUUGUGAUCUUUACUUUGCCAACAUUUAUACGUUUUCUUGUUAAACGAGAAAAGUCUAAGAGAAAAGAAACCCAUCAAAAGAACUUGGAAGUAAAUUUAAAAGACUUUUAAAUUCAAAGGACAUUUUACUAACUUUCACUUUUAAAGAAGACAAAAAUAAUCUGUUGAUGCAGUCUUCUUAUCUCACAGUUCGUCCUUGGAAAUCUUGUCAGAAUAUGGAAGGUGUGUAAAAAGUUUGUCUUGAAGAACAGCACAGGAAAAAACGUAAAAAAAAAAAAGAUAAUUUAUUAAAAGUAAGGCGUAUUUUAAAAUUUAUUCGUUUUGUAAGCUCUUAUAAAAGAAACAGUGAAUGCGAAACGAAUUAAAUAGAGAGAGAGGUGGGGUGUUGGACAAUGAAGUUUGCGACACGGCUACAGACAACGAACACACGAUAAUAUGGCUUCGCAAAGAAACAAACUAUGGAAGGAUAAAAGAGAAUGAAUUAGCUCGAGAAUGUCUACAUAUAUGUGAUUGAUAUAUUUUAAUGUCUGAAAGAAUUAUUUGAAUGUAUGUGAUGUAUCAUGAAGAUGUGACUGAAUGUAAACACAUUUUGUACAGUUAAUAUGGUUUCUUUGUGAAUCAAUUUAUAAAAUUAUUUAUUUAUAUAUUUUAAUAAAACAGGAGAAUACGGGGGAACUUAAUGCUGUUCAGCUUUGGCAAAGAAGUUAUGGAAAUAUAAUAAACAGUCGAGUAAAUUAUAUAUCACGAAGAAGAAGAAAAAAAGCUAACGUUUUUCGAAGACAAUAAUAAAGCAAAUCACUGAUGUACGAA